AUGCUACCCACGGACGACGUCGCUCGCUACCAGAAAUCACCACCCAGACAGAGCCCUUCGCAUGUACAAAUGAAGCUGCCACCCUCACCGACACGGCCAGGCUCAUCGCCAUCCGCGCACGCUACAGCAUAUCCCACCAUGAACCAAAAGCGCCAGGCCACAGACGCCCCAGAAGGCGACAUGCACGCAGGCAAGAGACAAAACACGAUGCAGAUUGCGAUGUCACCUCCAGCUGCGCCGUUCGCUCCCAUCGGUCAACAUGAUCCUCUCAACCCAGGGCCAUACAAUCGUAUGAGACCGGUUGCAUCACCCAAUGGGAUUGCGGCAUCUAUCAACCGGAUGAGCCCCGACCACAUCGCCCGAGACCGUCGCCUCCAGCAGGCCAAGCUCGCAGAGCAGCGCGUUCGGGCGCAACAAGCUCACGACGCCGAGAAAGCCCGCGAGCGAGAGAUCUAUCUUGCCGCCAGCGCCGCAGCUCUCAAGCGCGAGCAAGACGACGCGCGAAGGGAGUUUCUGUGCAAAGAUCCCAGCGCAAACUACCGUCACAUCCUCGAGGUAUACGCAUUGUCUCCGCUAGACCCCAAGAAAGAUGAGUACCCGAACCGGUACCUGACUGGCUUACUAGCGAACCGCGUCAUGCCUAUGGACCUCGAUGGCGACCUCGCGCUUGCGAUCGUGUACGCGAAGGACCAUUGGGAUUUCUUCGGGCAGUGGCCCAAGGAUAUCGAGCGCUUUGCGGGCUAUGAGAGGGAGAGGAGGGAUAAGGCGGCAAAGGAUCGGGCUUAG